GUGCAGAUUUUAACUUGUAUGUCUGUUUAUUUGUUUGUUUUGUGGGGGGCAAGAAACCGACAUCAUUCUAUAAAACUUCUCCGACGCUUAUAAAGUUUCGCUUAAAACAAACAGGGCCACGGAAGGAUCUCGAGCGGGCGGGGCGGCUGGAAAUGUAAGAUGGGGAGGGGGUUUCCUGAAAGAGGAGGAAUGAUUAACAAAUAAACGCAAUUAAUUAAACUCUGUGCGUUUGUCCUUUUCGACGUACUGUGAUUUUUGGACCGUAAUGCCAGUUUUUGUGUCAAGAUCUGCGUAGCGAUAAAGAGAGCAUAUGGAAGAGGAGGUGGACGGCACUGGGCAGGAAGAACAGAAUGCUGAUGAUCCUGCUCUUCCUGGUGACAGCCUUAUGGCACAGAACCAGCCUCAGCAUCGCCACGACCCCUACACACAAGACCAGGACCUUCCCAUUAUGCAUUGGGAGGACUUAAGUUUGCGAAUAGCAGAGCUUGAGAAACAGGAGGAAGAAAGGAGGAAAAGAGCUGAGUCCAUGGGUUUAACAGACCAAGAACCAGUGCCAGGUCCCUGGACACAAGUAAAGCACCAGUCACUUAACAGAAAGCAGUGGGAAGAUGCAGGUGAUCUUGGAGGAAAUCGUUUUCCAUGCAUUACAUCUCGGUUUAAUAGUCCUAAAAAACUACAGCUGUGUUUUAUCAACGACAGUGAGAGUGAUGAGGAUGUUGAAGGACCAUCCUAUAAAGAGAAGCCACAUGAGUCACAGGGACAGGGGCGACAAUCUGUCGGCCUGAAACAGGAAGUGAGAGCAGCUCUGAGUGAGCUCCGAGAUAAGCUUUGGGCUGAACAGAGGCAGCAACAGCUGAAACACAAGGAUGAGAGCUUUAGGAGAAGAAAGCUUAGCCACAGCGACCUGCAAACCUGCUCUGUGCUUCAGCUAAAUGCCCUCAAGACUUCUCUUCAUGAAGACAUUCAGGACCUGAGCUCAGAAUUAGUGAAGCAUCUCGUGGUGAGGGACAAUCUACGGACAACGCAAGAUGCUAUGCUCCUAGAUGUACAGGAUAUGACGUCACUAUGACUUACAUCAAGCUAUAAUUAGCCUAUAUUAUAAAAUAGGUUAGUGUAUGACAGGCCUUUUUGGAAUGGUGACAAAACAAAUAUUAAAGAAGCAAUUUAUUUUAUAAAAAAUAUGUUUUUUCUACUUUACACUAACAAAGCCAUACGAUCCUGUUUGUCUUGAUUUGCCUUUUUUUUUUGCUCACACAAAUAUUGCUUACUAUGUGAAUGUAAUUCUUUUAGUCACAAGUUUUAUUGUGAUUUUAUUGAAACUGUAUGUGUGUGAAGAGUAUAUAUUGUAUUACCAUCCAUACAAACUGUGAAAGCUGCUAUUAAAUGUAUGUGUGAUCCCUAACCACUUAAUGGGAAAAUUAAAUGCUUGUAAUGUAUUAUAGCAUCUACUGAA